GUCCAGGAUGAAAUCACAAACAAGCAUAGGCCCUUGUCUAAGCCAUUCUUCUUCCUCCAUGGAGAUCUCCAAGUGGAUUGUAGACCUUCCAAGCAUGGAAGGUUGGUCGGGUCCGGCCGCCUCAUCGAAGACCUUCGAGCUCAUGGGCUCACAUGAUGAUCAAGGCAAGUCUCUAAUUCUCAGAGCUGAAAGAACAAGUGGUUCUAAGCAAGAAGCACUUGUUACCUUCUCCCUUGGCUUGUCUGCUCCUGCAGAUGAAUCCACAACUUUGUGGGUUUCGAAUCCGUUUUCUAUCUCGGGAAACGUGAUGGAAGAAACAGUUGUUCCUUUGUUGGUUCAACUUCUUGAGGAGAUAAUAAAUAGAGCACCCAACAACUCCAGUGUCCCACUGUUCAAGCUCACCACUGAUCUAUCAGACACUUUUCUGUCUUAUCCUGCAGAGUCACUUUAUCAUUUCCUUGAUUUCGUUUUCACAUGUAGGUUCUUCUGGCUCUGUCUUUGCAAUGCUCCCUCAGAGAUAGGUUCCCUGUUCUUCCAGAAAUUUUCAUCAAAACUAGUUGCUUCAUCCUGCAAACAGAUACUAAAAGCAUUCCUGACAUCCAUAGGAGCUGAUUUCGAACUGAAAUUCACGCGUUCAUUGUCGUAUAUAUACACCAAAUUACUUAUUCUGAGAAGUUUUGAUGUGAAAAGCAAAGAACCAAACUUGGGCAUCUACUCUAGCUCAUAUGCUAGUGCAUCUCAUGAUUUCCUGGUCUUCAAGGGCUACGUACCACUGUUAGCCAUGAACCAGGAAUGGACCAAUGAGAACAAACAAGGCCUUUUACUUGACACAGCAGAGUCGGUGCUAAGGUAUACUCUGGCACACCAACAGCUUGAAGCUGUGGCUCAAUUUGAGUACUCUGUCCAUCGAACGGAGAAUUACUUGAAGGUCGAUUUCAAGGUUGAUAAUAUAAGGAUCAAUGUUUCACAAUUGCGGUUCAACGGAUCCGAGCUCCUGUGUGAUGAGAAGCACUUUCCCUCAAGAGUAUGCAUCACACUUGGACCUGAACUGGGUUCGAGCUAUGUGGUUAGCACGAGCCUAGGCCGGUCCACGCCGAACCACGAAAAGGAGAUCAAGGCACAGAAGACAAUCAAAGGGAACUUUGUGAAAACCAAGCUUCCAAUUCUGAAGACAACUGCGAGGACUGCAACAAGGAGAAGGGUGAAGAGUUGGACUGUUGAUCAGGCUGCAGAGGGCGACACUGCAACCCUUGACAUGAUCCUGUGUGAUAAUUCAAGUGGUGUGGAGGUUGCUGCAUGGAGGCCUGGUGCCAACACGCAGGUUGAUCUGAGAAACAGCUUCAGGAAGCGGUAUGCCGGUGCGAAUCGAGCCUUAGGGAAGGCGGGCGGCGUGGUUUUUGCUGGAGAUGAAUAUGGAGAACAAGUGAGCUGGAGGUUGAAGAAGGAAGCGGAAGGAAGAGAAUUGCAGUGGAAAGUGGGAUUCAGGGUAUGGUUGACAUACAUACCUAACGACUGUAAGACUUCAUAUCUUGAAACACGCUGUGUUCAGUGGGAGGAGGAGUUCAGUUUCACUGUUUAGUGUGACAGACGACGAUGAAGAUGAACGUCAACAUAAUAUAUAUACCUCCAUUUGUAAAGCUUAAUUUUGGAGAUAAAUAAAUGUCCACCUUUGUCUUGUAAAGCCUUAAUGGGUGAACCAUGUUUCAGGCCUUAGACUAGGCAGGUCAUGGAUUUUUCUUGGUCUGGAAAAUCAAUGGCUGCCAUUUUUUUCGGCAGUAAAAACAAUUUAGUUGGCAAGAGAGAUAUAGCUGACAACGUUCAAUGGUUUUCAAUGAUUCUCAUAUUUUCUGGCUUUGAUGUUUUAGUAGCCUCUCUCUUUCUAUAAAUAUAAAUAAAAUAAACAAAUAAA